AUGGAAACGCGCAGUACGCCUCUCGAAAAUCGACCGCGACUUCCCCGCAUAGCCCUAAGCAAGCGGAAUCGGGCUGUCGUGAGGGCUCUGAACCCAAUGCUGGUGACCUAUUUGGAAGCCAGCCGGGACCUUUGCGAGACGGACUCAAUUCUCUUUGGCGCCGCACUGGCAGUCUGCCGUAUUAUAGGCGCCAAACUUUCCACGGCGGGACGCACUACUGGACAAAGUAGUGCUAUCCCAGCCUGGAGAACAAGAAUUGAAGAACGUAUCGCAAAGGCUAGGGCCCUCAUCGGCAGACUGACAUGCUUCAGGUCAGGCAAUACCAGGCCAAGGAUUGUGCGCACCGUCAGGAUGGCGUUUGCUGGGACAAAUGUUAGUUUGUCCCAGCCGGAUAUAAUGCAAAAACUGACGGAGCGCAUAGACGACCUGAAGCAGAGAAUCGCUGCUUGGGGAAAGCGAAUUCGGCGAUAUACCGAGAGUUCAACACGUUUCAACCAGAAUCGUUUCUUCCAGAGUGAUCAGAAGAGGCUCUAUAAAUCAUUGGAGCGACCAAUGGUAAGUGGAACGGGCCCAGUACCGAAUCAGGCCGACACGGUCGCAUUCUGGCGCAGCCUGUGGUCAGAGCCCGUAAACCACAACGAGGGCCCUUGGACGGAAGUUGUGGCGAGUCAGUGUGCGGGUAUUACGCCCAUGGACCCCGUCACCAUAACGCCGGAUGACGUAGCUGAGGCGGUCCGUAGGGCCCCGAACUGGAAAAGUCCGGGACUCGACGGGCUGCAUCACUACUGGCUGAAGGGGUUCGUGCCAUACGAGUCAAAAACACAAGAAAUUACUACCGGUGUGAAAUGA